CCUGCCUUGGUUUCGCGGGUGGCUUCCGGUGUGAGUGGAACGUAGUGGCGGAGGCGUCGAGGGACCGAGGGGAACACUCCGCGGGCACCAUGGCGGACGGCGGCUCGGAGCGGGCUGAUGGGCGCAUCGUGAAGAUGGAGGUGGACUAUAGCGCCACGGUGGACCAGCGCCUUCCCGAGUGCGAGAAGCUCGCGAAGGAAGGAAGACUUCAAGAAGUCAUUGAAACCCUUCUAUCUUUAGAAAAACAGACCCGCACUGCCUCCGACAUGGUGUCCACCUCCCGCAUCUUAGUGGCAGUGGUGAAGAUGUGCUAUGAGGCUAAAGAAUGGGACUUACUUAACGAAAAUAUUAUGCUUCUGUCCAAAAGGCGGAGUCAGUUAAAACAAGCUGUUGCAAAAAUGGUUCAACAGUGCUGCACCUAUGUGGAGGAGAUCACAGACCUUCCAGUCAAACUGCGAUUAAUUGACACUCUAAGGAUGGUCACUGAGGGAAAGAUUUAUGUUGAAAUUGAGCGUGCUCGACUGACCAAAACCUUAGCAACGAUAAAAGAACAAAAUGGAGAUGUGAAGGAGGCAGCCUCCAUUUUACAAGAGUUACAGGUGGAAACUUACGGGUCAAUGGAAAAAAAAGAGCGAGUGGAGUUUAUUCUGGAGCAGAUGAGGCUCUGCCUGGCUGUGAAGGAUUACAUUCGCACGCAAAUCAUCAGCAAGAAAAUCAAUACCAAGUUUUUCCAGGAAGAGAAUACAGAGAACUUGAAGUUGAAAUACUACAACCUAAUGAUUCAGCUAGACCAGCAUGAGGGAUCUUACCUGUCUAUUUGUAAGCACUACAGAGCCAUCUAUGACACUCCAUGCAUACAGGCGGAAAGUGAGAAAUGGCAGCAGGCUCUGAAAAGCGUUGUUCUCUAUGUCAUCCUGGCUCCUUUUGACAACGAACAGUCAGAUUUGGUUCACCGGAUCAGUAGUGACAAGAAGUUGGAAGAAAUUCCCAAAUACAAGGAUCUUUUAAAGCUUUUCACCACAAUGGAGCUGAUGCGCUGGUCUACUCUUGUUGAGGACUACGGGAUGGAGUUAAGGAAAGGCUCUCUGGAGAGCCCUGCCACUGAUGUGUUUGCGUCUACAGAGGAAGGUGAAAAAAGGUGGAAAGACUUGAAGAACAGAGUUGUUGAACAUAAUAUUAGGAUAAUGGCCAAGUACUACACACGGAUAACAAUGAAGAGGAUGGCGCAGCUCCUGGACCUGUCUGUUGACGAAUCAGAGGCUUUCCUCUCGAAUCUAGUCGUGAACAAGACCAUCUUUGCUAAAGUAGACAGGUUGGCAGGAAUCAUCAACUUCCAGAGACCCAAGGAUCCAAAUAACUUAUUAAAUGACUGGUCUCAGAAACUGAACUCGCUCAUGUCUCUGGUCAACAAAACCACACAUCUCAUCGCCAAAGAGGAGAUGAUUCAUAAUCUACAGUAAGGUCCGGUGCUUUUACAAAAGAGAUGAAAUUGGAAGUGAUUAAAAAA